GAUGGGUAGGUGGUAGCUCUCCGUCCAGCGUUUCCAUGCAACAGCGCGGGCGGCUGUGAGGAAUAGAUGAUGCAGCAGAGGGCCAUGGUUCUGUAGAUUUGGUAGGGUAUCUGUGGAACCCUGAGCGCCUUCAUAGAUAGGAUGGAGUGUCAGGGGAAGCGGACGGAUAGCUUGGACCAAAAUGACAGCGCUUUGGAGCUCGAUUCCAGCCCUCUGUCAUCUUGUGAGCAUUCAAGCAGCCUGCAGCAGACUCAUCCUACAGUUAUGAAGAGUGCUGAUUAUGAGCCGGUUUCUAGUGAGGAGAGGAACCUGGAUGUGGAUUUUGUCACCAUGGCCAGGAACAAUGAGUCUGUACCAAUGAAGGAUCUAUGCCCAGACACAGUACUUGGCCCGUACUUCUCUGAUGGGAUGCGACGUGUGGACUAUGUUCUGACUUACCACAUCCAAAAGUCUGGCAGCACACGAAGACGGUCAUCAAGGUUUGGGGAUAACAACUUCAUACAACGACUUUGGCGCAGCUUGAGCACAAGAAGCAGCCGAGCUCCGCUUCAACCAAAAGAAGACCCAGAGGUUGCCGCACAGGAGCAUCAGACUGACUAUCAUGAGGAUGACAAGCGCUUUAAACGGGAUGAGUUUGAGGAAAACCUCAGGAAGACAGGACUAGAGCUGGAAAAGGAUGAAGAGAGUACUAUCCCUGGAAUUGGCUUCUUAAAGAUCCAUGCUCCUUGGAAUGUUUUGUGUCGAGAGGCUGAAUUCAUGAAACUCAAAAUGCCAACAAAGAAGGUUUACGAAGUGAAACAAGGCAGCAAUGUGGUGGAGAAGAUCAGGAUGUUCAUUCACAAAGUUACAGCCCCUCUCCACCCAAAAGUCAAUACCAGCCGAUCACAGUGUGAGAAACCCCUCUGUCAUGCCUUCUCCAGAGAAAAACAGCACCUAUUUGAUCUCUCUGACAAGAACAAGUUCUUUGACAGCAAGACUCGGAGCUCCAUAGUCUAUGAGGUGCUGAAGAGGACAAAAUGCAUGAAACCCAAAUAUCCCUUGGGGCUCACCAGUCUGCUAGCCAAUGGUGUGUACACAUCUGCUUAUCCCCUCCAUGAUGGAGACAUUGUAGGGGUGAAUGCAGAACCUAAUGACAGGAAGCUCCUGUACGAACAAUGGGCAAGCUACAGUGUUUUCUACAAGUACCAGCCCAUUGGACUUAUCAGGAAAUAUUUUGGGGAAAAGGUUGGACUGUAUUUUGCCUGGUUGGGAGUCUACACACAGAUGCUGAUCCCUGCUGCCAUCAUUGGAGUAAUUGUAUUUCUCUAUGGCUGCGCUACUGUCGAUGAUAACAUACCUAGCAUGGAAAUUUGUGAUCCCAGGAACAACAUUACUAUGUGUCCACUAUGCGACCAAGCCUGCAGCUACUGGAAGCUGGUGACAGCAUGUGGCACAGCCCGAGCCAGCCAUCUGUUUGACAAUGCAGCAACUGUGUUCUUCUCCGUCUUCAUGGCUCUAUGGGCUGUUCUCUUUAUGGAACACUGGAAGAGGCGGCAGAUGAGACUCAACUAUGUCUGGGACCUCACAGGUUUUGGAGAGGAGGAGGAGGAGGAACAUAAGGACCACAAUCGAGCUGAGUAUGAGUUCCGGGUCAUGCAAAAGAAACUGAAACAGGAACAUUCGGGUUUGAUGGACGAAAAGGUGAAGCUGACAUGUACAGAUAGGCUGCCUGCUUACAUGACUACUGUGGUCAUGAUGGGUUUCAUGAUAACUGUGACGUUUGUUAUAGUCUUUGGAGUCAUCCUGUAUCGGAUUAGCAUUAAGGCAGCGCUUCACAUGAGCAGCCACCCUGUAGUUCGGUAUAAUAUCCGAGCCACAGUCAAAACCACUGCUGCUAUCAUCAACCUCAUCAUCAUCAUUGUCUUGGAUGAAAUCUAUGGAGCCAUUGCCCGCUGGCUCACUAGACUCGAGGUUCCAAAGACGGACAAGAGCUUUGAGGAACGCCUCAUCUUUAAGACUUUUAUCUUAAAGUUCGUCAAUGCCUUCACACCCAUUGUCUACUUGGCCUUUUUCAGGGGCAGGCUUGUUGGGAGGCCUGGAAACUACUUGUAUGUUGUUGGGUCUUACAGGAUGGAAGAGUGUGCCCAUGCAGGCUGCCUCAUGGAGCUGUGCAUCCAGUUGUGCAUCACUAUGCUAGGCAAACAGCUCAUCCAGAACAACUUGUUUGAGAUUGGCAUACCGAAGCUGAAAAAAAUGCUCCGCAAGAGGAAGUCGGAAUUGGAUUCCAUUCAAGAGCAAGUGCUGCACAACACUCUCAAACGCUAUGAGAAGGACCAGCUCCUAGGUCCAUUUGUUGGCCUCAAUCCAGAGUACAUGGAAAUGAUAAUCCAGUUUGGGAUGGUGACUUUGUUUGUGGCCUCCUUCCCUCUGGCGCCACUCUUUGCUCUUCUGAAUAACAUAAUUGAAAUUCGCCUAGAUGCUAAGAAGUUUGUUACCGAGCUUCGCAGGCCUAUUGCAGCUAAAGCCAAAGACAUUGGUAUCUGGUACAACCUCUUGAGGGGCCUCAGCAAGGUAGCAGUCAUUGUCAAUGCCUUUGUCAUCGCUUUCACCUCUGACUUCAUCCCUCGGCUUGUCUACCAAUACAUGUACAGUCCUGAUGGCACCUUGCAUGGCUUUGUCAAUCACACUUUGUCAUACUUUAAUGUCACUGACUUCGAUCCAGGCACAGAACCUCUGCAGCCAAUGCACCUGGGCUACAAGGUAUCAGUAUGCAGAUAUAAGGACUACAGAGAUCCUCCCUGGUCCAGUACGAAAUAUGAACUUUCCAAGGAAUUCUGGGCCAUUCUGGCAGCUCGUCUCGCCUUCGUGAUUGUUUUUCAGAAUGUGGUGAUGCUUAUGAGUGACUUUGUGGACUGGCUUAUCCCAGACAUUCCUAAGGACAUCAGCCUCCAGAUCCACAAGGAGAAGAUCCUAAUGGUGGAGCUCUUCAUGAAGGAGGAGCAGGGGAAAAGGUUUGCAGCAAGAGACAACCAAGACAACUGCACCAUUCCUUUGUCAGCUAAUCAGAGUCCACCACAGCCACGCUCACGCCCUGUUUCACAGGCAAACUGCUCUUAACCUGCUGGUUGGUGGGAAAAGAAUCACAAAUGGCAAUAAGCAAAACGAAUUCUAUUACUGAGCUGUUAGAGCGGUCUGGUUAAGGUAAAACCUGACUGUGUUAAGUCAGCUUUAACAGUCAGUUUUGUAAUAUCAGCAAAGGUUUUGCUGUACUUGCAUGUGACAUUUUACAUAUAUUUUCCACCUUAGACCAUUAACCAUAAAUCCUCAACUUAUUUUACCAGGUUCUUCUUUAUUGGGUGUAAACAAGGAAAGGAAAAAGCCAUUCAUUAUGCUGAGAAAAGCCAUUCAACCUUUAGCCUAGUAUAAAUCAUAUUUGAAGCUUCAAUGUCACACCUGUCACCUUAAGCAUGGUACUUGAAGUUUUUCUAAUGAAGACAGCCUCUGUCAGUCCAUCCAAAUGGUCCUGUUGAGAAGGGCUUUCUCUAAUGUCUUAAUGGCUUAUAGACUUUCUGUCCCUAGCAUUAAUGUGCAAAGCUUGGACGGGUCUUUCUGUUUUUUUAACAGAAAAAAAUUCAAGAUUCCACAGAUUUCAAACUGAAAUUUUGAUAAACUAUUCUGCAACCUGGUCAGGCACGUUGUUUUGGUUGUUGAGAUAAACUGCAGGAGCUGACGGUCUUGUUGAUUUCUGUUAUUCUCUUGCACGAGUGCCAUAUCGCUCCUUGAUUAUAGUAAAAAUUUAACAAACAAUAUACAUUAUUAGUACCUGUUGUAGAAAAUGCAUAUGGUAAGAUUAAGUGUAAAUGCAAGUGAUAUCACUACAUUCCCCUUUUCUUUUCUUUUAAUUAGUCACAUUGUGGACAUUUUAGCAGCAUUUACUGAAACACAGACCAUUAGUGAGUGAGAGAUCUUUCUCUGGCUCUUUGAUCUCUGAUGAACUUUUAACAAGCUCUUUACAGUCAGUUUGUUUAUUUUGCGCUCUAUCUGCAGCACAGGGAGCAGCAAAGACACUGAUUGUCUGCAGGGCUGAGGCAAACAGCAAAGUUUCUACAUGGGAAUUUUUGUGUAAAUGAAAUGGUUAACAGUUAAAUUUAGAAUUAGACAUGACUCCAAAUUGGUGCUGAGCCGAGAUUUCUGCUAAAUGUAUAAAUUGUGCAAUGGUUUGCUAAAGUUCAUCAUAACAAACUCAGUAAGGAUGUCAGUGUUUUUUUUCACUUACUCUCUGCUAUAAUGCAAAGUGCCACAAAAUGUGUUGUUUCAGGUUUAAUUGAACAGGAACUUACCCUGACUCUCUUUAACCCAUUCUCUACCGAGCAAAUGGAACUUGUCGGCUUUGUAGAGCCCAGAAAAAGUGAUUUAAACUCUAACAGCGAUUCACAGCAUUUCAGGUGCCAUUUUAUUUAUUUGAAGAUUUUGCCAAAGAAGAACAUUUUCCACUACAGUCGCUCACACUUUGUAAUUCAAGCUAUUAUUUUUGCAUAGCUACCUAUCAACUAUGAGUAAGUAAAUGUCCUGGUGUAUUUUCUUAAUUACUAGUGUAGAGUUUGUGUACUAAUAAGGGAAAUGAAAUGAAAUAUAGUAGUAAGUGUAUGCGGUGUGUGUGUUAUUGUGUUUGUAAAAUGUGGAGUGUCAACGAGAUUCUCAUUCAAUGGAACUUUGCAUUUUUUUAAGUUGUUGAUGUCUCUGAAAAGUAGGACCAGUGUAUCACAUAAAGUUACCACAGGAACAGGUUUUGAACCCAGUCAAAGCAUUACAGAAGUUGUCUUCCUUAAAUCACUCAGCUCCUCAAGAGAUUUCCAGCAUGAAAUGAUCAUCUUUCUGUCGAAAAUGAUCAUUCAUUUUUCAUAUAUUUGUAUUUAAAAACAUUACCUUGCAACAAUUUUUAAAGCUGCAAAUCCAGCCUUUUAAGCACAAAGAAUUAAUAACAUUGUCUUUUAUAUUUAUUAAACUGCAAACACAUACAUAACUGGAUAUGAAAGAAUGGAAAUGAAAACAGUCUACAAUAUCUGAUUUACCCUCCUGCAAAUAUAUUCAGUAAAUCCCAAACUUUAAGCCAUUACCUUAGACUGAAAGAAUGUAAAAUAUAUAAAAUACAUUUUCUUAAAUGUUCAGUGAUGUCUAAUAAUCGUAAGAUCACAUUGUUAUUAUUUAUCUGUUAUUACUUACAUGAUGAUGCAUUUGUAAAUGUAUUUAAUGUGCUGAAUUAGUUUCAUGAAUCCACAGGUGACCAGGGAUCUACUAACUUUAGCAACUUUCUAAAAAUGUAUUAUUGUUGUCCUAAUUUUAAUUCAUAAUUUUGUAAACUAGAAACUAUGACUAUUCUUAUCACUAGCAGUGUAACUUCUUUCUGAGCUGUGACAAAAACUGCACAUUUUAAUUUAACCAAAUAAUUUUCCCAUUAGUAAUCUCUGGCUUAGUUUGUUAGUAGUGAUAUUCAUCGAUAGAGCGCAUGUACAGGGUAGUAGUGCCUUUGUUAGCUUAAUUUCUUUCCAUCACAACCUUUUAUAACCUUGUACAACCUGAUGUCGUACAUGAACACCCUCUUUGGAUUGCCUUGAUGAGAUCAUAUUCUCCAUUUUUAACACUAAUGAAACAACAAAUGUGACAUCCUAGUAUUUAAACAAAUGUAUGUCAGUGCACAUUCAUCGUCAUGUGUGACUGUCUCUGAUAACUUGUCUGUUUAUUCUUUACAUUUACUGCAAAAUAAAAGGUGAAUUUCCUCAA